AUGAAAAUCUCAAGCCUUAUUGUGUUCUCCGUAUGUAUCCUCCUCAUCUUGGGAGGUGUUGCUUCGAUGAAUGCUGCUAUUCCAAUGCGUGAUCAAAAGACUCAUAAAUCACUCUCUUUUACAAUGAAGAAGAUUUCUGAUUCUACAGAAUCACAAAAGCCAAUUAAGGCUGGUUAUUUGUGCCCAACUUGUAUUGAUAUUCUCGAUUUUGCAUUGGCUGAUUUGGCUGCUGCUGCUGAUGCUGGUGUUAUUGGUUCUUGUUACAAGUUGUGUAAUGCCAUUAUUGGAUCUGGUACUUAUGCCUGGGAAGGUUGCAAUGUUAUCUGUGAUGCUAUUGGUAUCAAUGUCUUUAUUGACAUUAUCAAGAAGGCUGAUUUGGAUCCAAUUUAUGCCUGCCAAUUGGCUAACAUUUGUCCAGUUAAGGAUUGUACUGCUAAGAGAUGUGCUUCAUUCCUCAACUCUGGCUUCAUUCCAGAAAAGAUCCAACACGGUUUUCCAACAACAUUCUACUCUGGUUUGCAAGUUUAUAAUGCUUCAGGUCCUGGUGAAGUUGUCUUUACUUUGAAUGGUGCCUUCUCCACUGAAAAUAUGAUGCAACGUUUCUACCAACCUAAUGGUUAUACUCCUGGUACUUAUUCUAUCAAAUUUACCGUUACUACUAAGGAUGAUGAUGCUAAGGCCCUGGAAUGGUUGCCAGGUCUUUAUUAUGCUGUUGUUGAUGUAUGUGAAGGUGUCUGUGGUGAUCUAAAACCACACACAAGAACCCUUGCACAAGCUAAGGCUAACUUUACAUUGACUCCUCCUCCAUGGCCAGGCAAGAAUUAA